CAGACCUGCUGUCAAACAAGACGCUCCGAUUCUGUCUAAACAAAAAAGCUGAUUAAAUCAGGUCUUUCUCAGCAACACAUCAGUAACUCUGCCAAACACCAAGUGUAGAUAUGGCUGCUGCCAGCUGUCUGCUGACUGAACAUCAGUUCCUGUGCUCCAUCUGUCUGGAUGUGUUCACUGAUCCAGUCACCAUACCAUGUGGACACAACUUCUGUAAAACCUGCAUCAAUACACACUGGGAUAUUAAUGUCCCCUAUCAGUGUCCAAACUGUAAGAAGCUUUUCUACACCAGACCUGAGCUGCAGGUCAACACUUUCAUCUCUGAGAUGGCUGCUCAGUUCAGACAGUCAGCUCAACAGAAAGCCAGCAGCAGCAGCUCAGAGCAACAAGUUUCCAAACCAGGAGAAGUUCCCUGUGACGUCUGCACUGGAACCAAACUGAAGGCGGUGAAGUCGUGUCUGAUGUGUCUGGUCUCCUACUGUGAGACUCACCUGGAGCCUCAUCUGACGAUCUCAGGCCUGAAGAAACAUCAGCUGAUCGACCCUGUGGAGAACCUGGAAGACAGGAUGUGUCUGAAGCACGAUAAACUGCUGGAGCUGUUCUGUAAGACCGACCAGAUGUGUGUCUGCAUGCUCUGCACUGUUUCAGACCACAAGACACAUGAUGUUGUUCCUCUGAGAGAAGAAUAUAAAGGAAAGAAGGCCGAGCUGGGGAAGACAGAGACUGAAAUUCAGCAGAUGAUCCUGAAGAGACGACUGAAGAUUCAGGAGAUCAAACUCUCAGUGAAGCUCAGUCAGAGAGGUGCAGACAGAGAGAUAGCAGAUGGUGUUCAGGUCUUCACCGCUCUGAAGGAGUCUGUUGAGAGAAGCCAGGCCGAGCUCAUGGACACGAUCAAAGAGAAGCAGAGAAAGACAAAGAAACAGGCUGAAGGCUUCAUCAAAGAGCUGGAACAGGAAAUCUCUGAGCUGAAGAAGAGGAGCACUGAGGUGGAGCAGCUCUCACGCUCUGAAGACCACCUCCAUGUCCUCCAAAGCUUACCCUCUUUAAAAACUGCUACACCUAACAAGGACUGGACAGAAAUCAGCAUCCGUCCACUUUCCUAUGAGGGAACUGUUGUCAGAGUUUUGAAUCAGCUGGAGGAGACACUCAGUGAACAGAUGAAAAGGCUUUUUGAAUCUGAAUUGAAGAGAGUCCAGCAGUAUGCAGUGGAUGUGACACUCGAUCCUGAUACAGCACAUCCCAACCUCAUCCUGUCUGAUGAUAAGAAGCAAGUAAACUGUGGUGAUGUAGUAAAGAAUCUCCCAAACAAUCCAGAGAGAUUUGAUAUUUGUGUUGAUGUCUUAGCAAAGCAGAGUUUCUCUUCAGGAAGAUUUUAUUAUGAGGUUCAGGUUAAAGGGAAGACUGAGUGGGAUUUAGGAGUGGCCAGAGAGUCGAUCAACAGGAAGGGACAGAUCAAACUGAGCCCUCAGGAUGGUUACUGGACGAUAUGGUUGAGAAAUGAAAAAGAGUAUGAAGCUCUUGCUGACCCUUCAGUCAGUCUCUCUCUGAAGUCUCGGCCUGAGAAGGUGGGGGUGUUUGUGGAUUAUGAGGAGGGUCUGGUCUCCUUUUAUGAUGUUGAUGCUGCAGCUCUUAUCUACUCCUUUACUGGCUGCUCCUUCACUGAGAAACUCUACCCACUCUUUUGUCCUUGUAACAACAAUGGUAGUAAAAACUCUGCCCCUCUGAUUAUCUCUCCUGUCCAGAGGCAGAUCUACCGACGUGGCCUAGUGUGGAAGCUGCCCUAGUUUUGUACAUUCUAAUAAAAAUAAAUAUACACGAAAAGUGGUGGCUGGUCAGAAAUUUACAAGAGUGAAUCUUCAAUGUCCAAGAGAUAACAGAGCUGCAAUAGGACACGGAACCGAUUUCACCUAGAUGUCACUAACUGUCCGUGGUCAGCAGCUUUUUUUUCUUCUGUCCCUGGCAGCUUUUCGUGCUGCUUGGAUUUUCCUGUCCCAGCAGCACACAUCGGUGGCUUGUUUUCCUGGUAAAUGUGUGUGUAGAAAUAUAAAACUACCGCAGAUGGAUACAGGCAGGUUGACUGUUGAAGCAUGUUUUGUUUAAGAGAUAAAAAUAACUUGUGUUUGAUUCUGUGAGAGACGGAUUAUUCAUUCAUUUUCCGUAAUUGCUUAUCCUGUUAUGGCUCGCGGGGGACUGGAGCAUAUCCCAGCUGACACAGGCCGAGAUGCAGGGUACACCAGACUAUCACAAGGUUGACACAUACAGAUAAACAACACCAACCGGCACUUUGGAGUCACCAGUUAACCUGCAUGUCUCUGGACUGUGGGAGGAAGCUGGAGAAAACCCACACUGACAGAGGGAGAACACGCAAACUCCGCAAUGAGGGACUCCCUACCUUGGGCUUCGAACCCCCCACCCUGCAUUUGAACCUAAGUUAACAGACAAAGUACUUCUGCCAUCUAUCUGUCUGUCUCUCUAUCUAUCAAAAUACAUCAAUGAUCACUGAAAACAUUUUUGAGAAUUUGGAAAUAAAAAAAUGAUUUGAUUUCUGAUGCCACCUUUUGGUAUUCUAUUCAAUGCUUUACUCGUAGAGUUUCAAUGGUAUGAAAUUUUCACAGAACAAUAACUGUCUCAGAAAAUAUUGCCAUUUGACGAUAAAUGUUAUUACACUAUUUUAUUAUAAUCAGUGACCAUGACCUUCAAAGGAAUAAAAACAGAAGGAUGUUUUUUUGUUUUUUUGUUUAUCGCUAUGAUUGAAACUUGAAACCAGGAAGUACAUGUAAAAAGUCUCCCUUCUGAAAAUAGCUAAAGGUCAGAUUCUCCAUCCAGUUGCAUUUUUUCUAAAUCAAAUAAUAUGAUAAUUGUCAAUUCUCAUACCACAGUAUACUCUGAAACAGAUAUAUUGCUCCGACCCUACUCGUGUGUCACAAUAAUGUCAUGUUUUUGAGUUAAAAUAUCUUCAUUUGAGGGCUUUUCUAAGCAAAUAUGGACAUGUGUGAAUGUUUGCAAUUCAUAGAUAGAUUCUGAGUUUUGUUCUGUAAAUGCUUACUUUGGUGCAUCACAAUGCAAACUGUGAUUUAAACGCAUGAAUUGUAUGACACUGAUUGAUAUUAUAGUUAGGUUUUAUUCUAAUAAGUGCAAUA